AUGAAGAAUGCUUUGAAAUGGCCUAGUCAUAAAGUUAGAGAAACAUUUAUAUCGUAUUUUAAAGAACGAGAUCAUACAUUUGUUCCAAGUGCUUCUGUAGUGCCAUAUAAUGAUCCUACGCUUCUUUUUACGAAUGCUGGCAUGAAUCAGUACAAGUCUAUUUUUCUUGGGACGGUGGAUCCAUAUAGUCCUCUUGGAAAAUUAAAAAGAGCAGUUAAUUCUCAAAAAGUUAUUAGAGCUGGUGGGAAACAUAAUGAUCUUGAUGAUGUAGGGAAAGAUAGUUAUCAUCAUACGUUUUUUGAAAUGUUGGGAAAUUGGUCUUUUGGAGAUUAUUUUAAAAAAGAAGCCAUUGCUUAUUCAUGGGAUUUAUUAACAAGAAUUUACGAAUUACCUAAAAAUUGUUUGUAUGUUACGUAUUUUCAAGGUGAUGAAGAGAAUGAAAUACUUCCUGAUUUGGAAACAAGAGACCUUUGGAUAGCCAUAGGUGUUGAUCAAAAUCAUAUUUUACCUGGUUCAAAAAAGGAUAAUUUUUGGGAGAUGGGAGAUAUAGGGCCUUGUGGACCCUGUACAGAAAUUCAUUAUGAUAGAAUUGGUGGAAGAAAUGCCACUAAUCUUGUUAACAAAGAUGAUCCUGAUGUAAUAGAAAUAUGGAAUAAUGUCUUUAUUCAAUAUAAUCGUGAAAAAAAUGGAAAAUUAGUACCAUUGCCUAGUAAACAUGUAGAUACAGGGAUGGGUUUUGAACGUCUUGUAUCAAUUCUUCAAAAUAAAUCAUCGAAUUAUGAUACUGAUAUAUUUUAUCCUCUGCUUAAAAAAGUGCACGAAAUUACUGGAAUAAGACCUUAUCAAGGAAAAUUUGGAGAUGAAGAUAUUGACGGUAUUGAUACCGCAUAUCGCGUAGUUGUAGAUCAUGUAAGAACUUUAAUGUUUUCAAUAUGUGAUGGAUGUAUACCAAAUAAUGAUGGGAGGGGUUAUGUUUUAAGAAGGAUUUUAAGGCGUGGUGCUAGAUAUGCUCGGAAAAAAUUUAAUUAUCCUAUUGGGAACUUUUUUUCUUCACUUGCACCUACAUUAAUUAAUCAAAUGGUGCAUGCAUUUCCUGAAUUGGAAAAGGGUUAUAGUAUAUUAGAUAUUUUAGAUAUGGAAGAGGCAUCUUUUGCAAAAACUCUUGAUCGAGGUGAAAAAAUGUUUGAUAAAUAUCUUCAAAAUGCUAUAGUGAAAAAUACAAAAGUUUUGCCUGGAAAAGAUGUUUGGAGUUUAUAUGAAACAUAUGGCUUUCCUAUAGAUUUAAUAGAUCUAAUAGCUAAAGAAAAAGGCAUGGAGAUUGAUCAAAAAGGUUUUAAAGAUACUGAAAUUAGAUCGAAAGAAAUAAGUCGAAAAUCCCGUGGUAAUAAUUUAGAAAGUUUAAAAACUAUGGAGAUAAAUGCUCAUGAUUUUGUUAAGCUUCAAACAAUGAAUGUUUCCCACACUGAUGACUCUUUUAAAUAUAAUUCUGGAACUAUUAAUUCAAAGGUUAAAGCUAUUUUUUAUAAUAAAUUAUUUAUAAAUUCUACUGAAAAUAUUAAACAAGGAGAACAAAUAAUAAUUAUUUUAGAUAAAACUAAUUUUUAUGGUGAAGAGGGGGGUCAAGAAGGUGAUGUUGGUAAAUUAGUUCUUGAAGGAAAAGCAGAAUUUUUUGUUGAAGAUACUCAAAUAAAUGCUGGUUAUGUUUUGCAUAUAGGAUAUAUGAAAUAUGGUUAUUUUGAAUUAAACGAUGAAAUAAUUUGUGAAUAUGAAGAUAUUGGGAGGAGAAAACCUAUAAAGAAUAAUCAUACAGCAACUCAUUUACUUAACUUUUCUUUAAGAAAAAUUCUUGGUGACGAUGUUCAUCAAAAAGGAUCUUUAGUUUCAUCUGAAAAAUUAAGAUUUGAUUUUUCGUAUAAUUUUCGAAUUUCUAUAUCUGAUUUAGCUAAAAUUGAAGAUAUGUGCAAUGAUUAUAUAUCAAAGGAUUUUACAGUUUAUUCUAAAGAAAUUAAUCUUGAUUUAGCCUAUAAAAUAUUUGGAGUUCGUGCUAUGUUUGGAGAAACUUAUCCUGAUCCUGUUCGUGUUUUGUCUGUUGGUGUUGAUUUAAAUGAAGUUAUAAAAUCACCUACUUUAUCAAAAUGGAAAGAUUAUAGUAUUGAAUUUUGUGGUGGAACUCAUGUAUCUAAAACAUCAGAUAUUAAAAAUUUCAUAAUUGUUGAAGAAGGCUCUAUUUCAAAAGGAAUUAGAAGAAUUGUUGCUUUGACAGGUCAUGAAGCUAACUCUGCAUUGAGAUCUACACAUGAUUUUUCAGAAAGGUUAGCUUGUUUAAAAUCAAUGCCAGCUGGUCCUGAAAAAAUACAGCGUUCUAAAUUAAUGACAGCAGAGUUAGAUUGUAUUGCAAUAUCUAUUAUAGAAAAGUUUAAAUUUCGUGAAACAUUAUCUCAAAUUCAAAAAGAAAUUUUAGAAUUAGAAAAGAAUAAAAGAAAAGAAGAGGAAAGGAGAGUAGUUGAUUUUAUAAAAACAUAUUUUUCUGAAAAUCCAAAUGAGACAUAUUUAGUAGUUAAUAUUCCUAAUAUAUCUCCGAAUAUGAAAGUUUUAUCAAAUGCUAUUAGUUAUGUUAAAACAAAUGAAAAAGAUAAAAGUGUUUAUCUAUUUGCAACUGAUCAAAAUCAGAGUAAGAAUAUUGCUCAUAUAUGUUAUGUUUCGAAGUCUGCUCUUGUGAAAGUUAAUGGUCAAGAAUGGGCUAAUACAGUUACUACGAUACUUGGUGGUAAGAGUGGUGGAAAGAUAGAUAGCGCUCAAGGAAUAGGAACAAAUAUUGAAAAAAUAGACGAGGCUGUAACGGCUGCUAUUGCAUAUAUUAAAAAAAGACUAAAUAUUUGA